AUGGUUGACUUGUUUCUGGUACUGCUUGCUUGCAUGGGAUGCAAGGCAAACUUUGACAACUGUAGGGUUAGAAAUCCUCACCCUCCGCUUCACAAGUAUCAUCAGCCAGGAGACCUCAUCAUUGGUGACAUUGCUACUUAUGGUCUCUUUGUCUCCAGUCCAACAGCCUUCACUGAAGAACCCCAUCAGGCAUCAUCAGAUGAACUUAUGGUACUUCCUAAGCAUUACCAGCACAUCCUGGCCUUGGCAUUUGCAGUAAAGGAAAUCAAUGAAAACCCUCAGAUCUUACCCAAUGUCACCUUGGGCUUCCACAUUUAUGAUAGCUGUGACAAUGCAAGGAAGACCUAUCAUGCCACAAUGCUACUGUUGACUACACUGGAAAACGUUGUCCCUAACUAUGUUUGUGAUAUCCAGAAUACACUAACUGCAGUUAUUGGGGGACUGGAUGCUGAAAUCUCCCUAUAUGUGGCAAACAUCUUGGAUACCUAUAAGACUCCACAGCUCAUUUAUGGCCCUGCUCCCAUAAUGAAUGCGAAAACUCCAGGUCUUCCCUUCUACCAGUUGGCUCCACAAGAAUGUCUUCAGCAUGAGGGGAUUCUGUCUUUGCUUCUCCAGUUCAAGUGGCUGUGGAUUGGGAUUGGUGUUAUGGAUAAUGAUAAUGGAGAAAGAUUUCUCCAAGUUGUCAUUCCACUGUUUUCUAAGAGUGGUGUCUGUUUUGCCUUCAUAGAAAGAGUCCCCAAAUUAAGUUUUGACAAUGAAAUUAAUGAUGGAUUUAAACAGGGGGAGAAAAUAUAUGAUAAAGUGAUGGGCAGCAAAGCCAACAUUGUGGUAGUCCAUGGAGAAUCUUAUUCCACAGCAUUAUUUCUCUUCCUUCCUUAUUUCUCUUCCUAUCUAUCAGAACAAGAGGUCAUGGCAAAAAAAAUAAAAGGGAAAGUAUGGAUAACAACAGCUCAGACAGAGUUCACUUUACUUGUCCUACAAAGGAAUUGGGAUGUAGAAUUAUUCCAUGGUGCUAUAUCCUUCAGAAUCCACUCCAGUGACCUACCAGGAUUUCAGCAGUUUCUUGAGAGCAGAAACCCUUCUAGCUCUAAAGAAGAUGGUUUUAUCAGGGAUUUCUGGCAACAGGCCUUUGGCUGUGUGUUCUGGGAUAGUACUAUGGGCAAGGCGGAUGGGGACAUUUGCACAGGAGAGGAGAAGCUGGAGAGCCUUCCUGGAUCAUUCUUUGAAAUGAGCACAAUUGGACACAGCUAUUGCAUGUACAAUGCUGUCUAUGCAGUGGCUCAUGCUUUACAUCAUGCCAUGUCCUCCUCUAGAGCUGAACAUGGUGCAGUGGUGGAUGGAGUGGAAUUCAAACUCCAGAAUCUACAAUUUGGGCAGCUCCAACCAUUCCUAAACUGGAUCUCAUUUAACAACAGUGCAGGGGACAAAGUUUCCUUCAACCAGAAUGGUGAGCUAGUUGCUGGAUUGGAUGUGAUCAAUUGGAUUAUCUUCUCCAACCAGUCAUUUCAUAGAGUGAGAGUGGGGAGGGUGGAUCCCGAGGCUCCCCAAGGUCAAGUAUUCACCAUUGAUCAAAAUGCCAUAACAUGGAAUGGCUGGUUUAAUCAGUCCCGGCCUCUUUCUCAGUGUACUGAGAGUUGCCAACCAGGUUAUCAAAAGAAAAUGAAGGAGGGGGAGCCAUUUUGCUGCUACGAUUGCAUUCCAUGUCCAGAAGGGAAGAUUUCAAACCAGGAGGCAGACAUGGAUGACUGCCAUAAAUGCACUGAGGAAAACUACCCAAAUGUUAAGCAGGAUGCCUGCGUUCGCAAGACUGUAACCUUCUUGUCUUAUGACGAACCGUUAGGAUUUAGUUUAGCCUGUUUUGCCUUCUCCUUUGCUUUGACUACAGCUCUGGUGCUGGGAACCUUUAUGAAGCACCACAACACUCCCAUUGUCAAAGCCCACAACCGGAGUCUCACCUACACUCUCCUCAUCUCCCUCCUUCUCUCCUUUCUUUGUGCAUUGCUGUUUAUUGGCCGUCCUCAGAAGGUGACCUGUCUCCUCCGACAAACGACUUUUGGCCUCAUCUUCUCAGUGGCUGUUUCUUGUGUGCUGGCAAAAACCACCACGGUGGUUCUGGCUUUCAUGGCCACCAAGCCAGGGUCCAGGAUGAGGAAGUGGGUGGGGAAAAGACUGGCCAUCUCCAUUGUGCUUUUCUGCUCCCUCAUCCAAGCCAGCAUCUCUACUUUGUGGCUUGCCACCACUCCACCUUCCCCAGAUAUGGACAUGCACUCAGUGGCUGAAGAAAUUGUACUGCAGUGUAACGAACAGUCUGUGACUCUGUUUUGCUGUGUUCUGGGCUACAUGGGCUUCCUGGCAAUGGUGAGUUUCACUGUGGCUUUCCUUGCAAGGAAGCUCCCUGACAGUUUCAAUGAAGCCAAGUUUAUCACUUUCAGCAUGCUGGUCUUCUGCAGUGUGUGGUUAUCUUUUGUUCCAUCCUAUCUGAGCUCCAAGGGAAAAUACAUGGUAGCCGUGGAGAUCUUCUCUAUCUUAGCCUCCAGUGCUGGGUUGUUGGUUUGUAUCUUUUCCCCCAAAUGUUACAUUAUAGUGUUGAGACCUCAGCUGAACACGAGGGAACAGCUAAUAAGGAGAAAAGAUGGAAGAAGUGUGUAA